UGUUACAUAUGGAACUCUUAAAUUCAAUUCAAUUCAAUUCAAUUUUAUUGGUCCAGAAGGAAAUUUGUUGCAUUUAAAUGCAUUAUAUUCACAGAGAGGGGCGACUGUGUAUAGGAGGCGACCUGACCACACAAUUUGGGGGCAACUACGUAAGGAGGCGACUGCGUAUAGGAGGCGACUGUGUAUAGGAGGCGACCAGCUGGGGGGCGACCUGACAAGACACCCGAUGGGAUGUAACUGUUGAAUGACAUUCCAUAGUCAGCAAUGGACGAGAUUAUCGCCAAGUUGGAGGUCUGCGUGGCCACCUUGGACAAGAUGGCCGUCAGACAUGAUAAUACCUCAUCAGCUGCAGACAUGGACUCCAGAGGGCGUCCUCCAUAUACGUCCAUGGUCAGGGUCAACGACAAGCCUAUCCUCCCACCUCUGAUGACUCCGGACAAGAGAGCUGAGAUGAUAAGAUACAAGGCAGUGGCAAUUCAGAGAGAAAGGGAACGAGAGGAAUGGAGGCUUCAGCAACUAGUUUCUAGGGUUGAAACCAUCGUAAAUAGUUAUGAGGAUGGUAGACAAUCUUUAGGUAGCAAGGAAAGUAGUCCUCAGCAAGCAGCCAACACGCUACCUAACCAAGCUAUGCAAGCUAUACCUGCCGUACAGUCAGUUGGAUCUAAGCCCGUCUCACAAGGCCUUAACAACCCUUCAUAUUCACCACUCAAGUAUAUGGAGAUGGAUGAAGAGGAAUGGAACGUAAGACCAGCAACACCGUGGAGACGAACAAAGCAAUCCAAGACGAAGACGGUCAUUGCAGCGAACUUUGACCCCAGAGGACACCAGCCCAUCUCAUCCACCAUGAGGAUGGACCGCAGUCAGGAUAUGAGAGGAGCCACACCCGAUGUUUCUGCCAUCUCGGUGGCAUCAUCACAAGCUAGUAACUUCUUGCCCAGGAAUUCCCCAGUGGAUGCCAUCGAUCGGACCCUCUCCAGCAGUGUGCAACCUGUCCUUAAGGAGAUUUUACCAUCCUCUCCCCCUGGACUGGAAGACUUGAAAGUGGUGACAACUGGUGAAAGUGCUGCACCCAAUCCAGUGGAUGUGCCCUGCAACGUUAGCCCAGAUGUACAAUCAAAUGAAAGGAAUAACUUAUCAGAACCUCAAGAGAUUGAAUCACAUGAGAAUUCUGCAGUUCAGCCACCUGACACUAAUGCAGCAGUUGUUGAUAGUGCCAUGAUAAGUAGACUUAGCCCUAUACCCAAGAUAGAUGCGGUUCAAUCCUUAGGCACUGGUGUAGCUGGUAGCACAGGAAGUCAGUCGACCAACAGCAGCAGCAAUAGUGCAUUGAACCAAACUGUGAUUGACUUGUCACAAAUGUCACUUAUCCAGGGUCAAUCAACUUUGGAGAAAGCAGAGGAUUCCUCCAAACCUGACAAGAAUGAAUCAGAUAUUCAACCACAGUCUUCAUUAUCUACAGAAGCUAAAGCUAGGGUAGAACCAGUAACAGAUGUUGCAGAAAGCAAGGACACCAACAACGAUGUACCAAACAUGCAAGAGGAAAACCAUGUAGCAGGCUACUUGAGUGAUACCGAGUCAUACAUGAGUUUGCUAGGGGAGUAUUCAUUGCUGCCAACACCAGGAUCAAAUAGGGGCACACCAGACUCUAUUCAACAUAGAAAUGCUAUAAAGGUUCCAUUCUUUGCUGAUCCUACCUCACCUGAUGCCGUUGAUGUCAACCGUGAUGCAGAAGUGUCUGAUAUUCCGGCUACCGAUGUAUCUGUUGAGCCAGGUGAAUCCUUGAAAUCUGUGGAUGGCUCAGAAUACUGUGGUAGCUCCCUUGGAACCCUGGCCCAGUCUGUCACCCUUCCCAUGAGCCUUAGCGUGACGUCAGAAUCCACUCUUCAUGGACUUGAAGAGACAUGGGACAGAACAAGCCAGGAGGUGACUCCUACCGGGACAGAUAAAGCUAUGUCCAUAGCAAGCGAUGAGUUGACCAAUGCUGGAAUGGUCAGAGCAGCACCUGUUGGUCAGGAAAGUAAUGCCACUGUUGAAGUCGGCAAACAAACUUCCAGCAAAUCUGAAGAGUCGGAGAGACAGCAAAGUCUUAAUGUAGACAAGCCUCUUCCAACAUUGCCAUCAAGUGUCGAACACAAGAAGAUAGAGGUCAAAGUUGAGAGGUCAGGGGUCAAAGUGGACAGUGACUUUCAAACACCACUUAGACACCAUGCCAGGAAGUCGUCAUAUACUUUGGAUUUCCCUUCACCAGCACUUCUAGAUGCUGAGGCUCGUCACCAGGCUCCACAUAUAAGUGGACGUGAUAUCAGCCAUGCUGAAGCAGGCACCAAGGCCAAAGAUGCUGAUGAAGGGGCUUUAAAUAAGGCUAAGUCGGGAGAGGGGACUGUGAGUGAUGAAAAGCAGCCAGAUGAACUAUCAUCUGAAAUGAAAGAUCUCAAGAUAGAUGAUGUGUCCGAGGCCAAGGUGUUGUCCCUCCAGCUGUCGUGCCUGGAGCAGAUGCAGCAGCGUCUUCAGCGCCAGCACGACGAGCAGAUGAAGGGGCUGAUGCUUCAGCAAUCCCAGGAGCUGUGUCUCCUGGAGAGUGAGAUGGAGGGGAUCAGGAGACAAGCUGCACAGUCUGCUCUGGGACAUGUGGAUGAUGACAAAGAUACUAUGAUCAAAACCUCAACAGAAGUGCAUGAGGAAAGCAUGCAAAAGGGAGAAGUCCAGGAAUCAUCUAAGAAAAAUACUCCCAGCACGAUACCAUCAACUAAACCAUCUCAUGAGAAUGAUGACAAGAGUGAGAAGGAAAGUGCAAAGGUUGCUCCAAAUCAGAGGAAGGUUCCACCUCCAAGCCCCAACAGUAGAAAGAGACGCUUUGAAGAGUCAUCGGUAGAAAGCAUGGUCCAAGUUCCUGCCUCUUACAUCAAGCAGUCCUCACUGGCAGGCAAGGGGCAUGGCAAGGGGCAUGCCUCCCCUGGUUUUCAUUCUCCAGUCAGUGACAAGCUCCUGGCAAACGCCAAGAAGAAGCUCACUCCACAGGACAGUCUGGAAUCAGAUCAUGGAGGAUUGGUGGAGGUUCCGCCGUCUUACAUCAAAUCCGGUAGCUACCAUAGACCUGUAUCCAGGAGCCCCACCCACCAGAGAUCAUUGACCACACCCAAGGGCGCAACUACAGGCUCUGCCCACCUUGCUUCACCAUCCAUCUCCGUAGAGGAACCAUCUAAUGGUGACUCCUCCCAUCUUACAUCGUGGGGCACUCCUCUCAAAGACACCUCUGAUAGAGACUCCACAAGGCUGCCAGCAUGGGCGUCUCCUGCAGUGGAUAUGACCAAUGGAUCGGCUCACUUUACUGGAGCUUCAGUCUCCGAUCCUGUUUAUGUUAACAGUCUCAGUGACUCUUUCUUCCUGAAUGAUGACCAGACUGGAGAAACACCAGACAGACAUGCUGACCAACAACAGCAUACUUCCAGUUACUCCAAGCCAUGGGCCAUCACCCAGAGCUUACAGAUGGACAUCAGGUUUGACAUGGUAUCUGCAAGGGUCAAAGGUUAUCUGACCCGAGCUCUCAUGAGAACACCAAAGAUCAAAGCCCUCGUCAAGACAAUCAAGGAUACCCAAGUAUUUUUGUACCAGUUCCAAGCUGAGACGCCUGUGAAGCGAGGAAAGCUUUCUGAACAAGACAUCAGGCUGGCUCAAAGGGUUCUUGCUCAGCUGAGGGCAGCUCAAUAUGAGCUGGGUGAUAUCUUCCAUGUCUUUCCCAUCUCGCAGAGAAUGGCUAUACUAAGACACAACAGAGAACAAGAAAGAGAGAACUUCUUCAACAAGAAGGUAUCUCCAUCAUCGGCUGGCAAGAAAGCCCACCUCUUAUCGGCAGCCACUAAGAAGGCCAUGGACAGAAGGCAACAACUAUCAAAGGAGGGAGAUGUAGUAGAAAGUGGACCCAAGAGACAAAAGUUAGUCCCAGCAAACCAGAGGCCUAAAAGUGCAGCUGAAACAAGAGUUCUUAGACCACUUCAAAGCCAGAAAUCACCUCCUAGGCCGGCAACUGCUAUUCCACCAAGGAUGUCUUCAUUUUCUGUCACCACCCAAAGCCUGAAACUGAAAGCACCUGUUUUGAGCAAACCGUUCCCGACUAAACCUGUCAUGGUCUCCAGAAAUACCACUAAGACAUCAAGAUCUCCAUCAAGACCAUCGUCGAGAACAGCUUCGACUAGACCAACAUCCACUAGACCAACAUCCACAAGACCAACAUCCACUAGACCAACAUCCACUAGACCCACAUCUAGACUAUCGGGAGGGUUAUCAAGCCUUAGCCAGGCCAGGACCAGUUCAGCAAGGCAGGCUAAGUCUCCAGCGAGAGCAGCUACCGCUACAGUUUCCCAGACCAAGACUAAGAAUGUCAGGAGGUCGCUUUAUCCUGUAUCAGUUGGGACUGGUAAAAAGACUAUGCAGCGCAAACAGGCCGACACUAGAAAGCCGUAGAUGAACUUUGUAUGAAUCACACUAUACAAUUAAAACACAAGGACAAGAUUUGUGUCAUAGGUGAUGAUAGUAAUAUGGACUAAUGAAGAUCAGUUAUUCCUCAUUAAUGAAUAAGUGAAAAAUGAUUAGAACAAAUAACAAAGUCAAAGACUGCAAUUAUAAAUUUACAAAUGGAUCAAAACAAGUUUUUCAAAUGUUGAGUUUUAGGUGACCAACACCAGUUAUUAAUGUACACUAGGGCGUAUAGCCCUAUAGGUCAGGAGGUAAAUAUGUCCUAGAAGUAUGGUGGUAAAAUAUUCAGUAUUAAAAGAUUACAAUCAUUUUUCUUUUCAAAUUUGAAUUUUGCAAGUGGUAGUGUUUUCUUCACUCAAUUUGAUGUGUACAAAUUGAGGGCUGCAAUUUUCACUCAUAGAGAGAAUACCACAGAGUCUUUUGAUCUCAAGUUUUUCACAUACUUUCAUACUCAUCUUGCUGCUACAGAUAAAUUUUGAAAUAAGUUUUGAGGGCUUGCAAAUCGGUGAUAGGGGCUUCAAAUACAUUCCAUUUUUCCUCCUAUAUUUCUCCCUAUUUAUGGAUAUUUACAAUGCAAAUCCAAAACCAAAUCCCUACCUGUUUUAGCUUGUGACGUUAAGGAUCCACUUUAUUUUUUCUAAAGUGGAUUGAUAAAACACAACUUAUCAAUUAUCUGAGUAUACAUUCCACAGAAAUGAAAUUGUAUUUUCUUGACCGGGUGCAGUGGACCAAAAUUAUGUGCUCAAGACUGCAAAAAUAUGAUUCUUACCAAAGGAUUUUCAUAAAACAUGUAUAAUCAUAUCUAAGAAAUGUUGAUUUUUAUAAGCCAGUUUUGAUUUUGUAGAUGGUACAAAUGAAAUGACCCAUUUUGUGCAUGUAUGCACAUUUGUUUUGAUAGACAUGCUACCUGUUUAUCAACUAAAACAGAAAUGAAAUAAUAUUUCUUGACCGGGUGCAGUGGACCAAAAUUAUUAUUCUGGAUUUUGAAGCAGCUUGUUAUGCAGUUGGCGAUUAUGCCUACAUGUUUGUACUCUGAACAAUUUUGUAAAUAUUUUUGACAUUUUCAGCAUUUUGCUGUGUGAUGAUUUUGUACACAUUGGAUUUGUAUUUUUUUUUCAAUCAGUACUUGCUAUGAUUAUUUCCGAGAGAAGCUUAUUUCACAAUCUAUGUACAGCUCUACAUACUCAGAGUGAGUGAUGUGCCUUUAAUAUCUGUGCAAUGAACCUUAUGUGAAAUGAAA